AUGGUGCAGGAAGAUGGGCAGAAGCUGUCCAACCUGUCAGACUCCAUUGAAGAGGGCAGCAUGCCCCCUGAGCUGGCUGAUGUCAUCAAGAGGCUGUGGAGUGACAGUGGUGUCCAGGCCUCCUUCGAGAGAGCAGCCGAGUAUCAGCUCAAUGACUCUGCUGGCUAGUGAGUGUCACAGUAACUGUUAUAGUUUGUUAUGGCAGUCAUAUCUUUGCUGGUACAUGUGAGUGUGAUUAUGUUGGUCUGGGGUGUGGAUGUAUGCUAAACUGAAAUCUCGCUAAACAGCUACCUUGCAGAAUUGGACAGAAUCACAAAGUCUGAUUACCUGCCCAACGAGCAGGACGUGCUGCGUUCUCGAGUCAAGACCACCGGUAUCAUCGAGGAGCAGUUCUCCUGCAAAGAGCUGCAUUUCAGGUGAGGGAAUGUUAGCCAAACACGGGAGAUCACAAGCGGCCAAUAGUGGUCUCCCAUACAUCCUUGUAGUAUGUUAAUUCCCUUUGCUCUUGGGCGUGAUUUUGCACAAUCAUUGAUUAAGUCUGUAUAGUCAGAUCUUAACAUCUCACUUCUUUAACCCCUCUCUUCUGACAGGAUGUUUGAUGUGGGCGGCCAGCGGUCGGAGAGAAAGAAGUGGAUCCAUUGUUUCGAGGGUGUGACCUGUAUCAUCUUCUGUGGAGCCCUCAGUGCUUAUGACAUGGUGCUCGUAGAGGACGAUGAAGUGGUGGGUUUGGUUCUACAGUUCACCUCUGAAAGUUCCAUUAGUUUGUAACAGUUGUGGCCCUUUAUGUCCAAAUUUUGUACAUUUGUACUGUUUACUUCCAUUUCUCUUUUUUAUACUGUGAUCCGUUUGGUAAGAUUGAAAGAGCAUCGUGAUUUCUGAUUCUAACUGAAGAGUAUUUUAUCCAGUCUGACUUUGAAGUAAACAAUGGAUUAUUCAGUCACAAGGUUACAGAACCUUAAACUCCCUAAGGACAUAGCUCAGAUGACUGUACGAUAUGAUUGCUCAAUCGCUUCACAGUCCUAUGCCUGAUACCACCACCCCAGUUCAAGCACAGAAGACAUGUAGAGUUGUGUUUGUGUGCUUGCCAAAGUCCCAAAAUAGGAAACAAGAUCAUAUCUUUGGUUUAGAGUAGUUAGUAUACUAAUCUAGCCAGUGAGGGUUGAUGAAAGAAACUGCGAGAUUGUUGGCACUUAACCUAACCCUUUCGUCCUCUUCUCCACAGAACCGUAUGCAUGAGUCUCUCCACUUGUUCAACAGUAUCUGCAACCACAGGUUCUUCGCCACCACCUCCAUCGUGCUCUUCCUCAACAAGAAGGAUCUUUUUGAAGAGAAAAUCAAGAAGGUCCACCUCAGCAUCUGCUUCCCAGACUACGAUGGUAAGAGUAACCAUAAGUAAAAACAGCAUAGUACAAUUUCCCACGAGCAGGAAUGAUGGAAAUGUUCUGUGUCUUCUUCUGCAAUAUGAUGUAGCGGCAUGAUACUAGACAACAGAAUAGAUACUGUCAAUUUUAUUACCUACAAUUUAAAACAAAUGAGGACCACUUUAUAAGUUGCCUGCGUUCUCUCCCACUAGGCCCCAACACGUAUGAUGAUGCCAGUGACUACAUCAAGAAGCAGUUUGAAGAGCUGAACAUGAAGAAGGGUGUCAAAGAAAUCUAUUCCCACUUGACCUGCGCCACAGACACAAAGAACGUUGAGAUUGUGUUCGGAGCCGUGACAGACAUCAUUAUCAAAGAGAACCUAAAAUCUUGCGGUCUGUUCUAA